AGCUGGCAAACUGGCUCUGGAGGGGGAGACUGACAGCCAGCGCCUCAGGAGCUGUGACUUCCGGUCUGGCACCCAGGGGACCACAUGACCGCAGCGGACUUUGCCUCAGGGCCUUCCAGGAAGGGAAGAGGCCUGACUUUGGGCCGGUUGGAGCUGCCUCUGCCCCAGGCUGCCGCUCUGGUUUGCUCUCUAUUGUCCACUGGAGCGGAGCCUUCUCUUGGCCACUGCCCAGCCGCCGGCCGUGGAGGGACGCACCCCCGCCUCCACUCCCCAGGCCAGGAGAAGACAGGCAGGGGCCCUGCAGGACCCGCUGAUGAGCCGUUGUCCCACUCCCUGGCAGUGACCAGCCCGGAGAGCAGGGCAUGGCGCAGGCGGGGACGACGGCGCCGCCCGGGGAGGCCCCGCGCCCGCCGCCGGUUUUCAAGCUGGUUCUGUGGGGCAGCGGCUCGGUGGGCAAGUCCAGCCUGGCCCUUCGCUACGUGAAGAAUGACUUCAGGAGCGUCCUGCCGACCGUGGGCUGCGCGUUCUUCACCAAGGUGGUGGACCUGGGGGCGACCUCGGUGAAGCUGGAGAUAUGGGACACGGCCGGCCAGGAGAAGUACCACAGCGUCUCCCACCUCUACUUCCGGGGCGCCAGCGCCGCCCUGCUGGUGUAUGACAUCAGCUGCAAGGACUCCUUCCACAAGGUCCGGCAGUGGCUGGAGGACCUGGAGCAGGAGGUGCACCUGGGAGAGGUGGUGGUGAUGCUGGUGGGUAACAAGACGGACCUCAGCCAGCAGCGGGAGGUGGCCUUCCAGGAAGGGAAGGAGUUCGCGGAGAGCAGACGGCUGCUGUUCCUGGAAGCCUCAGCCAAGCUCAACUACCAGGUGUCAGAGAUCUUCAGCACCGUGGCCCGAGAACUAUUGCAGAGAGAAGGCUCCAGGCAGGGCCAGGUCCAGCGGGGCCGUGCCGCUGUGGUUCUCAACCAGGGGCCCACCAGGCCGGCCAAAUGCUGCAGCCACUAGGGCGGCCACCCAGGAGGGCCAUGGGAGGAUGCCCCCGCCCAGCCUCGGGGGUCUCUGGCCUGGACCGUGUGCAGAGCGAGCCGCCGCCAUCACCAUGGAUGCCGCAUUGCUGCUAAGCCCGGAAAUCCUGGAAGUCGGCGUCUUACCCCAGAACCAUGGCCAAGAGCUCCCCGAGACCCUGGGCCAGGUGCACCUGCGCCCUCCUGGGCUGCCACCUCUCGGCUGCCUCGCCCCGGACACAGGAAGGAGCUCACAACGGCGGGGCUCCCACAGACGCUCUGCUCACCGUCGUGGGUGGACGCGCACUCACCUGGUUUGGGUGGUGGCCCUGGGGCUGAGCCCACCUGCCUCUGGGAGGUGGGGGGGGGGGUUCCACUGUGGGGGGUCUCAGUGAAGCUGUCCUUGGAGGCGGGGCCUGGCAGAGGGCAGCCGGGGCUGGGGGCGCUGGCCCCUCCCUCUGUCUUCUCCCACUGGGGUUCUGAUGAAGCCUCAGGCCCCUGGGGCCGAGACAUAAAUUGUAGCUUGGACGCA